AUGGUGAGACGUAAGAGAACUCACACAGGAAAGAAACCACAUGAGUGUCCAGAUUGUGGGGAAAGUUUCAGUUGGAAUUCCCGUCUUGUGGAACACCAGAUGACUCACACAGGAGAGAAACCGUAUGAGUGCCCUGAUUGUGGGAAAGAUUUCUCUCAAAAAUCUGACCUGCUUAAACAUCAAAGGAUUCACACAGGAGAGAAACCGUAUCAGUGCCCAGAGUGUGGGAAUAGAUUUAAUUCGAAUUUCAUGCUGGUGAGACACCAGAGAACUCACACAGGACAGAAACCAUAUGAGUGUCUGUAUUGUGGGAAAAGUUUCAGUCAUAAUUCCCACCUGGUAAGCCACAAGAGAACUCACACAGGAGAGAAACCAUAUGAGUGCCCUGAUUGUGGGAAAGAUUUCUCUCGGAAAUCUUACCUGGUUGAUCACCAAAGGACUCACACAGGAGAGAAACCGUAUGAAUGCCCAGAGUGUGGGAAAUGUUUCAGAGAUAGUUCCUACAUGAUGAUACACCAGAGGACUCAUACAGGAGAGAAACCGUAUGAGUGCCCAAAGUGUGGGAAAGGUUUCUCUUCAAAAUCUUACCUGGUUGAUCAUCAAAGGACUCACACAGGAGAGAAACCGUAUGAGUGCCCACAGUGUGGGAAAGGUUUCAGUACGAGUUCCAACCUGAUGAUGCACCAGAGGACUCACACAGGAGAGAAACCGUAUGAGUGCCCAGAGUGUGGGAAAGGUUUCUCUCGGAAAUCUCACCUGGUUAAUCAUCAAAGGACUCACACAGGAGAGAAACCGUAUCAGUGCCCAGAGUGUGGGAAUAGAUUCAAUUCGAAUUUCAUGCUGGUGAGACACCAGAGAACUCACACAGGACAGAAACCAUAUGAGUGUCUGUAUUGUGGGAAAAGUUUCAGUCAGAAUUCCCACCUGGUAAGGCACAAGAGAACUCACACAGGAGAGAAACCAUAUGAGUGCCCUGAUUGUGAGAAAGAUUUCUCUCAGAAAUAUGAUCUGGUUAAUCAUCAAAGGACUCACACAGGAGAGAAACCAUAUGAAUGCCCAGAGUGUGGGAAAUGUUUCAGAGAGAGUUCCUACAUGAUGAUACACCAGAGGACACACACAGGAGAGAAACCGUAUGAAUGCCCAGAGUGUGGGAAAGAUUUCUCUCGGAAAUCUGACCUGCUUAAACAUCAAAGGACUCACACAGGAGAGAAACCGUAUGAGUGCCCACAGUGUGGGAAAGGUUUCAGUCAGAGUUCCAACAUGGUGAAACACCAGAGGACUCACACAGGAGAGAAACCGUAUGAGUGCCCAGAGUGUGGGAAGGGUUUCUCUCGGAAAUCUGACCUGGUUAAUCAUCAAAGGACUCACACAGGAAAGAAACCGUAUCGGUGCCCAGAUCUGUAUUGUGGGAAAAGUUUCAGUCAGAAUUCCCACCUGGUAAGCCACAAUAGAACUCAUACAGGAGAGAAACCACAUGAGUAUUGUGGGAAAGGUUUCAGUCAGAAUUCCCACCUGUUGAGCCACCAGAGAACUCACACAGGAGAGAAACCAUAUCGGUGCCGAGAUUGUGAGGAAAGUUUCAGUUGGAAUUCCUACCUGGUGAAACAUCAGAGGACUCACACAGGAGAGAAACCAUAUGAGUGUCCAGAUUGUGGGAAAUGUUUCAGUCAGAAUUCCUGCCUUGUGAUACACCAGAGAACUCACACGGGAGAGAAACCGUAUGAAUGCUCUGAUUGUGGGAAAAAUUUCUCUUGGAAAUAUCAGCUGGUGAAACAUCAGAGGACUCACACAGGAGAGAGGACUCACACAGGAGAGAAACUAUAUAAGUGUCGUGGUUUGGUGAUACAGUGGAGGACUCACACAGGAGUGAAACCGUAUGAAUGUCCGGUUUGUGGGAAAGAUUUCAGUACUAGUUCUAGUCUUUUAAAUCAUGUAAGGUUACACAUAGAGGAUUUUAGUAUAGAAACAAAUCUGGUGAGAGACAAGAGGACUCACACAGGAGAGAAACCAUAUGAGCGUCCUGAUUGUGGGAAAUAUUGUGGGAAAGGUUUCAGUUGCAAUUCCUCCUUGGUGGAACAUGAGAGAACUCAGAUUGGAGAAAAAACGUAUCAGUGUCGGGAUUGUGGGGAAAGUUUCAGUCAGAAUUCCAAUCUGGUGAAACACCAGACGGCACAUAUGGCAGAGAAACCGUAUGAGUGUUCAGAUUGUGGGAAAGGUUUUAGUUGCGAAUCUGAACUGGCGAAGCACCAGAGGACUCACACAGGAGAAAAAAUGUAUGAGUGUCCGGAUUGUGGGAAAAGUUUCCCUCGGAAUUCCAAGCUGGUGAGACACCAGAGGACUCACACAGGAGAGAAACCAUUCGAGUGUCUGCAUUGUGGGAAAAGUUUCAAUCAGAAUUCCAACCUGGUGAUACAUGAGAGAACUCACACAGGGGAAAAACCAUUCAAGUGUCUGGAUUGUGGGAAAAGUUUCAGUCAGAAUUCCUACCUGGUGAGACACCAGAGGAUACACACAGGAGAAAACCCAUAUGAAUGUCCUGAUUGUGGGAAAAGUUUCAUUCGAAAAUCCAACCUGGUUAAACAUCAGAGGACUCACACAGGAGAGAAACCAUAUAAGUGUCCAGAUUGUGAGAAAAGUUUCCGUCAGAGUUACUACCUGGUGAUACACCAGAGGACUCACACAGGAGAGAAACCAUAUGAGUGCCCAGAGUGUGGAAAAGGUUUCACUUGCUAUUCCUAUCUGGUGGAACAUCAGAGGACUCACACGGGAGAGAAACCAUAUGAGUGCCCAGAUUGUGGGAAAGGUUUCUAUCGAAAAUGUCACCUAGUGAAACAUCAGUCAACUCACAUAGAAGAGAAACCAUAUAAAUGUCAUGAUUGUGGGGAAAGUUUCAGUCAGAAUUCCUACCUGGUGAUUCACCAGAGGAUUCACAUGGAAGAGAAACCAUAUAAGUGUGUAGAUUGUGGGGAAAAUUUUAGAUGGAAUUCUGACCUGGUGACACACCAGAGGAUUCACACAGAUGAGAAAACAUAUAAGUGUGUAGAUUGUGGGAAAAAUUUCAGAUGGAAUUCUCAGCUGGUGAUACACCAGAGGACUCACACAGGAGAGAAGCCGUAUGAGUGUCCGGAUUGUGGGAAAGAUUUCAGUAGUAGGUCCAGCCUUAUAAAUCAUGUAAGGUUACACACAGGAGAGAAACCAUUCAAAUGCCCAGAUUGUGGAAAAUGUUUCACAUAUUAUUCUGCCUCGAGCUUGCAUCUACACAAGAGGACUCACACUGGGGAGAAACUCUUUGAGUGUCUGGAUUGUGGGAAAAGUUUCAGUCAGAAUUCCAGCCUGGUAAAGCACCAGAGGACUCACACAGGAGAGAAACCAUAUGAAUGUCUGUAUUGUGGGAAAAGUUUCAGUCAUAAUUGCAAGCUGGUGAGUCACCAGAGGACUCACACGGGAGAGAAACCGUAUGAGUGUCUGUAUUGUGGGAAAAGUUUCAGUCAUACUUCCAACCUGGUGAUACACCAGAGGAGUCACACGGGAGAGAAACCGUAUGAGUGUUUGUAUUGUGGGAAAAGUUUCAGGCUUAAUUCCAAGCUGAUGAUACACCAGAGAACUCACACAGGAGAGAAACCGUAUGAGUGUCUGCAUUGUGGAAAAAGAUUCAGUCAGAAUUCCAACCUGGUGAUACACGAGAGAACUCACACAGGAGAAAAACCUUUCAAGUGUCUGGAUUGUGGGAAAAGUUUCAGUCACAAUUCCAACCUAGUUAAACAUCAGAGGACUCACACAGGAGAGAAACCAUAUAAGUGUCCAGAUUGUGGGAAAAGUUUCAUUCGGAUUUCCAACCUGGUUAGACAUCAGAGGACUCAUACAGGAGAGAAACCAUAUAAGUGUCCAGAUUGUGGAAAAAGUUUCCGUGAGAGUUACUACCUGGUGAAACACCAGAGGAUUCACACAGGAGAGAAACCGUAUGAGUGCCCAGAGUGUGGAAAAGGUUUCACUUGUUAUUCCUACCUGUUUAGUCAUCAGAGGACUCACACAGGAGAGAAACCAUAUGAGUGCCCAGAUUGUGGAAAGGAUUUCUCUUGGAAACGUGACAUGGUGAAACAUCAGUCUACUCACAUAGAAGAGAAAUCAUAUAAAUGUCCUGAUUGUGGGAAAUGUUUCAGUCAGAAUUCCUACCUGAUGAAACACCAGAGGAUUCACACAGAAGAGAAAAGAUAUAAGUGUGUAGAUUGUGGGAAAAAUUUCAGAUGGAAUUCUCAGCUGGUGAUACACCAGAGGACUCACACAGGAGAGAAGCCGUAUGAGUGUCCGGAUUAUUGUGGGAAAAGUUACAGUCAGAAUUGCAAGUUGGUGAUUCACCAGAGGACUCACACGGGAGAGAAACCAUAUGAAUGUCCUGAUUGUGGAAAAGGUUUCAGUCAGAAUUCCCACCUGUUGAGUCACCAGAGGACUCACACGGGAGAGAAACCAUUCAAGUGUCUGGAUUGUGGGAAAAGAUUUAGCAAGCACACCAAUCUGGUGAGACACAAGAGAACUCACACUGGGGAGAAACGCUUUGAAUGUCCCGUUUGUGGGAAAAGUUUCAGUCGUAAAUCCAGCCUGGUGAUACACCAGAGAACUCAUAGAGGAGAGAAACCAUACACGUCCCUGGAUUGUGGAAAAAGUUUCAGUCAUACUUCCAACCUGCUGAGUCACCAGAGGACUCACACAGGAGAGAAACCAUAUGAAUGUCCUGAUUGUGGAAAAGGUUUCAGUCAGAAUUCUCACCUGGUGACACACCAGAGGACUCACACAGGAGAGAAACCCUUUGAAUGUCCGAUCUGUGGGGAAAGUUUCAAUCACAAAUCCAGCCUGGUGACACACCAGAGGACUCACACAGGAGAGAAACCCUUUGAAUGUCCUGAUUGUGGAAAAAGUUUCAGUCAUAAUUCCAACCUGCUGAGUCACCAGAGGAUUCACACCGGAGAGAAACCAUAUGAAUGUCCUGAUUGUGGAAAAAGUUUCAGUCAUAAUUCCUACCUGGUGAGUCACCAGAGGACUCACACCGGAGAGAAACCAUAUGAAUGUCCUGAUUGUGGAAGAAGUUUCAGUCAGAAUUCCACCCUGGUGAGUCACCGGAGGACUCACAUGAGAGAGGGACCAUAUGAAUGUCCUGAUUGUGGAAAAAGUUUCAGUCAGAAUUCCACCCUGGUGAGUCACCGGAGGACUCACAUGAGAGAGGGACCAUAUGAAUGUCCUGAUUGUGGGAAAUGUUUCAGUCAGAAUUCCAGCCUGGUAAAGCACCAGAGAACUCACACGGGAGAGAAACCAUAUGAAUGUCUGGAUUGUGGAAAAUGUUUUAGUCAGAAUUCCUACCUGAUGAAACACCAGAGAACUCACACCGGAGAGAAACCAUAUGAAUGUCUGGAUUGUGGAAAAUGUUUCAGUCAGAAUUCCUACCUGAUGAAACACCAGAGAACUCACACCGGAGAGAAACCAUAUGAAUGUCCUGAUUGUGGAAAAGGUUUCAGUCAGGAUUCCCACCUGUUGAGUCACCAGAGGACUCACUCGGGAGAGAAACCAUUCAAGUGUCUGGAUUGUGGGAAAAGAUUCAAUCAGAAUUCUAAACUGAUGGUACACCAGAGAACUCACAUAGGAGAGAAACCGUAUGAGUGUUUGCAUUGUGGAAAAAGAUUCAGUGAGAAUUCUAGUCUGAUGUUACAUGAGAGAACUCACACAGGAAUAAAACCAUUCAAGUGUCUGGACUGUGGGAAAAGUUUCAAUUACAAUUCCCACCUGGUGAGUCACCAGAGGAUUCACACGGGAGAGAAACCAUAUGAAUGUCUGGAUUGUGGGAAAAGUUUCAGGCUUAAUUCCAAGAUGGUGAUUCACCAGAGAACUCACACAGGAGAGAAACCUUAUGAGUGUCUGCAUUGUGGAAAAAGAUUCAGUCAGGAUUCCAGUCUGGUGAUACAUAACAGAAUUCACACAGGAGAAAAACCAUUCAAGUGUCUGGAUUGUGGGAAACGUUUCCGUGUGAAUUCCUACCUGGUGAUACAUCAGAGGAUUCACACGGGAGAAAGACCGUAUGAGUGCCCAGAGUAGAAACCAUAUGAAUGUCUGGAUUGUGGGAAAAGUUUCAGGCUUAAUUCCAAGCUGGUGAUUCACCAGAGAACUCACAGAGGAGAGAGACCAUAUGAGUGUCUGCAUUGUGGAAAAAGAUUCAGUCAGAAUUUCAGUCUGGUGAUACACAACAGAAUUCACACAGGAGAAAAACCAUUCAAGUGUUUGGAUUGUGGGAAAAGUUUCAGUCGAAAUUCCUACCUGGUGGGACACCAGAAAAUUCACACGGGAGAGAAACCGUAUGAGUGCCCAGAGUGUGGAAAAGGUUUCACUUGUUAUUCCUACCUGUUUAGACAUCAGAGAUUUCAUACAGGAGACAAACCAUAUGAGUGCCCAGAUUGUGGAAAGAAUUACUUUUGGAAAAGUGACAUUUUCAGUCAGAAUUCCCACCUGGUGAUUCACCAGAGGACUCACACGGGAGAGAAACCAUAUGAAUGUCCUGAUUGUGGAAAAGGUUUCAGUCAGAAUUCCCACCUGUUGAGUCACCAGAGGACUCACACGGGAGAGAAACCAUUCAAGUGUCUGGAUUGUGGGAAAAGAUUCAGUCAGAAUUCUAAUCUGGUGGUACACCAGAGAACACACACAGGAGAGAAACCGUAUGAGUGUCUGCAUUGUGGAAAAAGAUUCCGUGAGAAUUCUAGCCUGGUGGUACAUGAGAGAACUCACACAGGAAUAAAACCAUUCAAGUGUCUGGAUUGUGGGAAAAGUUUCAAUCGUAAGUGCCGCCUGGUGAUACACCAGAGGAUUCACACGGGAGAGAAGCCGUAUGAGUGCCCAGAGUGUGGAAAAGGUUUCACUUAUUAUUCCUCCCUUUUUAGUCAUCAGAGGACUCAUACAGGAGACAAACCAUAUGAGUGCCCAGAUUGUGGAAAGGAUUUCUCUUGGAAAAGUGACAUGGUGAAACAUCGGUCUACUCACAUAGAAGAGAAAUCAUAUAAAUGUCGUGAUUGUGGGAAAUGUUUCGGUCAGAAUUCCUACCUGGUGAAACACCAGAGGAUUCACAUGGAAGAGAAAACACAUAAGUGUGUAGAUUGUGGGAAAAAUUUCAGAUGGAAUUAUCAGCUGGUGAUACACCAGAGGACUCACACAGGAGAGAAGCCGUAUGAGUGUCCAGAUUGUGGGAAAAAUCUCAGUAGUAGGACCAGCCUUAUGAAUCAUGUAAGGUUACACACAGGAUAGAAACUAUUCAAAUGCCCAGAUUGUGGAAAAUGUUUCACAUAUUAUACUACCUUUUUCAAACACAAGAAAUUACACAGGCAAAAUUUGAUGUGUGUAGAGGAAUCUUGAAUUUCAUUUCUCUUCUUUAACUGGAAGCCCAGCUGAGAAACUAAACUUUUAAUUUCUUGCCAUAUUCUUUUUAGUCAAAUGUGUUUUAGUAUCAAACAUGAGGGAGAAGAUCUGAGCUUCCUUUCUCUGGCCCAGUGUGGUCCUUCCCUUCCACAGAGUCAAGGGGAACUGCUGUGCUGGGACAGUGAAAGCGAGCUUGCAUCUGUAUUAAGUGUGUUUGCUACCUUGAGCUAUUUCUACACAUAAAUAUAUUA